CAGUUCCUCUACUCCGCCGAAUCUCUCCGCCACCACCCCAAAAACGAGCACAUCCCCGAGAUCCUCAUCCUCGGCGCCUCCAACGUCGGCAAGUCCUCCUUUCUCAACGCCCUCGUCGGCAAAAUCGACGCCGCAAGGGUUAGUGCCCGUCCUGGCAAGACCACACUCAUGAAUGCCUUUGCCGUAGGCCCCCUUCCGAAGAUACCAAAGGGCCAUGUGAAGCAGGGCGAGAAGCUGCCGCGGUAUAGCCUCGUCUUGGUGGACACGCCCGGGUAUGGAUUCAAGAGCCAGGCGAGCUGGGGAGAUGCCGUGUGGAAGUACAUCAAGGCGAGGAAGAUGCUGCGUGGAGCGGUGGUGCUCAUUUCAUCGGAGAAGAAGCUGAUGGAGCAGGAUAAGUGGCUGUUGAGGACGCUGGCCGAGGCGAAUACUCGGACGCUGGUGGUCUUGACAAAGGCUGAUAAGGGAGGUGGCUCGUGGACUGACAGAUGUAGUGAGAUGGCCGAAUUGCUACGAGGGGAGCUUAGAAAGAUAUCAAGAUCGGCUGGGAAUGGAUGGAAAGAAGGUUCGGGCUGGAAUCCGGAUAUAUACAUCACAGCCGCUGGA